AAUACUAGCCCCGCGAAUUCGAUCGAAAACAGUAGUUGAUGCGAAAGUCAUCACACAGUCUGGACUGUUUUGCCCCGACCAAGCUUAUUCCGAAAGCUUCUUGGAUUUCUUUUGAUGUUGAUAACUCGAUCUGCGAUCGCCAAUUUGUGAACAUUUCCGCUCAGUACACAUUUACUUCACUUGAUUCUUGAGUGAGCUAUUCAUGGUUCUAUGGUAAGGAGUUUAUUCUACAGACCAGUGGUCAAUAGACGGCUUGUUUGUUGUUUCGGCCAACUAUACCACUUUUGAACGGGGAACACUGGGCUUCGCUACAACGCAAAAUCUGGAAUAGUUCCAUUACCAGAGAUGAUUCUUUGAUCUUCGCAUAAUCUUCUCCCAGGGAAAAUUCCUUUGAUUUAUAAUAUGGAUAAUUCAGAUGAGAUCUGGAAUACACUUCGAACACAACUGCUGUCUCUUAUUUCGCUUGAGUGAAAUAGUUGGCGACCUUUUGUCGGCGAGUCUCUCCCACCACUGGCGCAGGAGUCAAACACUGCUGGUCUCCACCGGAGUUGAUCGGCUUGCAGCGGGUUCUCUCACCCGGAGCUCUGGCGUGCUGUGAAUCGACUGUCCGUGUAGUGGAGGGGACGUGUACAGCCAUGCUGUGGUGGGAUAUAGUCGUUGUCUUAGUGCUGGUUUUCUUGCCUUGGCCGUGGGGUGUUGCUUCAAAUAUGCAACACCUUCGAGAGCAGCUCAACUGUCAUACUCAUACACAGGGAACAAAUUCGUUUUUAUGGCAAGUUCGACGACAUCCGCCUGCCUAUUUUCUGGGGACAAUACACGUACCAUACACACGUGUGUGGGAUUAUAUUCCUCAAAAUACCAAAGUUGCUUUCCAGGAAAGCGAAAAUAUAUUUGUCGAACUGGAUCUCACGGAUCCCAACACGAUGUCGGAGUUGGCGAACUGUCAGUUGUUGCCAAACGGGGAAAACCUGAGCGAUGUCCUACCACAUGGUAUGUACCGGAGAUUAAAAACUCAUUUGCAGUAUGUGAAGCGGAUGAUGCCGCAGUGGUUGAGCGCUGAUCAACGAGGUCGAUCGUUCUAUGCCGAUUACCUCUUCGAAGCCAUCGUCGGCAACUGGGAACGAAAAAGACCUAUUUGGGUCAUGCUUGUCAUCGAUUCGUUGACGGAAGCCGACAUUAAAUCGAGGGAAAUACCAGUUUUGGAUUUAUAUUUGGCCCAGGAGGCCACGAGACGCAAUAAAAGAACCGGGGCUGUUGAACAAGUUGAAGAACAAUGCAUUCCUCUCAAUGGAUUAAACUUCACGCAGGUAAGUUUAUUGUUGUUGUUGUCUUGACAAGGCAGAAAAGUGUGGAAGUGUAGUGAAAAUCUGGAAAAGAGUUUGUGUUCGGUGUUAAUCGUUUAAGCAGUGAUUGGUGAUUGUUUUGGCGCGGUUGUCUUUGAUGGGCACUAAUGAUGAUACAUUAGAGGUUAUAAAUUCGAUUAGGAUGUUCGGGCUGUUCCGAUUUGAGUGUGUCGCGAUGUACAUGCGUGCGAAGAGCACUUUUCACAACUUGUUAUGAUUAUUGUUCACCAUCAAAGGAACGCAGCGUGUUUUUGACGAUUCCAACUGCGAAACUGGUGUGUAAAUAGUGAGAGGAAAUUCUCACGAUUCGCAAGAAAAACUCGCUCUCGAGUCUUUGAAACGUCUGUCCGACAUUUCCGAUUUUCUUUUUUUACACAUAUUUAGCGCUGGUUUACCGACUCUAUUCAGAAAUAUGUUUUUUGACAUGAUUCCGAUCUGUUCAUGUUUUUAUGUGAAAGAAAAUUUUAAUCUUCCAUGUUCUGAAUACCCUUCCGUUUGUGAGACCUUGGGUGUUCCUUAGAACACGUCCUCUCCCAUGGACAAUGGUAAGGAAUUUGAUCAACAGGCCGUAUAAUGAUUUCAAUAGCCGGUAACACCACCCUUCUAAUUUAGACGGCAUUAGCGCUCCUUUAGAAACCCGAUCAACUGGAUAAGUUUUGGGGAACAUAAAGAGCUUCGCAGCAAAAGGGAUUUCGAUUUUCGGGUGUGCUGAAAAAAAAGAGAGAGGUGGUCGGUUGCAGCGGUGGAGAAAAACACGCAUUUACCGGACACUCGAGAAAGGAAUGGAAAUUAGGGUGUAAAAAUCGGCUGAAAUGGGGAGUAUUGAAUAUCAGAUCGGAGGGUUGACUUUCAAGUUCCAUUUCAAGGAACUAUUGACGAACUUCUCUUCAGCCCUUACGAUGACCGCUCAAAGUGCAAGGCCCGCUUCGCGACAGCAAACGGGGAAUUCUUCGCGCCAUGACCUUGUCUGUUUGCAUCUAAUUAAAAGCACGAGCCUUCUCUAUUUUGUAAUUCUUUGAAGUUACCGACUUUGUAAGAGAAUGAGACACUUAACAAGGCUGGUGCCAUGCCAGAAGGUCGAUGGAUAACUGAAUAAACGAUAAAACAUAAGCUUUCCAUGGCUCGGCAUGUAGUUUAUGUGAUGACUGAUUUUUAUCUCUUCUUCAGCAGAAGAUGUUGACCUACUCGGUGGUGGCGUUUUGCAUAGUAUGUCUCGGUAAUGUAAAGGGGAAUUCUUUCGGAUGCUAGGGUUUUAGUGACAGUAUAGGGAAAAUGUUACAGUAGUUUAGAAUGAAUCAUAAUGAUUUGAUAUUAUUAAUAUAUGAAAAUACAAUCAAAGAAAAGGGAAUGGUAAAUAG